AUGAGGGGAGAGAAAGGCAGCACGAGCGCCCCUUUGGUGACAGCAUGGAGUGAUCCCGGCUGUGUAACAGUGCAGCGUAAGGUGAAGUUCGAAAGAUGCGAGAGCUGCGUGGAGCUGCUGUUUGUAAGAGGGGCCGGGAAUUGCCAGGAGUGUGAUACCCCCUUGCGGAAGAGUAACUUCAGGGUGCAGCUCUUUGAGGAUCCUGCCGUUGACAAGGAAGUGGAAAUUCGGAAGAAGGUGCUGAAAAUAUACAAUAAAAGAGAGGAUGACUUUCCCAGUCUGAGCGAAUAUAAUGAUUUCCUGGAAGAAAUAGAAGAAAUUGUAUUUAACUUGACCAACAAUGUGGAUUUGGAGAACACCAAAAGGAAAAUGGAGAUGUACCAGAAGGAUAACAAAGAAGUCAUUCAGAAAAAUAAGAUAAAACUGACUCGGGAGCAGGAAGAGCUGGAGGAAGCCUUGGAGGUGGAGCGACAGGAAAAUGAACAAAGGCGACUGCUCAUACAGAAGGAAGAACAGCUACAGCAGAUUAUAAAGAGGAAGAAUAAACAGGCACUCUUGGAUGAACUGGAGAGCUCCAGUCUUCCUGCUUCCCUGCUUUUAGCUCAGCAUAAGGACAGAUCUACUCAGCUAGAAAUGCAGCUGGAAAAACCCAAAACUGUCAAACCAGUCACGUUUUCCACAGGCAUCAAGAUGGGUCAGCAUAUUUCCUUAGCUCCCAUUCAAAAACUAGAGGAAGCUUUGUAUGAGUAUCAGCCUCUGCAAGUAGAGACAUAUGGACCACAAGUUCCAGAGCUGGAAAUGCUGGGAAGGCUGGGGUAUCUCAACCAUGUUCGAGCCGCCUCUCCACAGGAUCUUGCUGGGGGCUACACUUCCUCUCUUGCUUGUCACCGAGCCUUACAGGAUGCUUUCAGUGGGCUUUUCUGGCACCCCAGUUAGUUGCUGUACAUCAGCCUGUGAUAAAGGGACACUGAACGGCGUGGAAAAGCCAGUCAAACCAGCAAAGGUUUGGUAAAAUUGCUGCCAUCUGCACAAUGGCUUAAGCUGCAGUCACUUUUCUCUGUAAAACCAGUGGUGUUUAAGUGUUAAAGGAAAAAAAAAAAUCUGCACAAGAGCUUUGUAAAAUGGUAGAUACAUUUUUGUGGAGGGGGAAACUCGUUAGUCAUGCGGCACUUUGCUGAGGGAGGCUGAAGCAAUAAGCCACAUCUAAUGGAAGAUGUGAAUAACUCAGCUGUGUAUGUUUGAGGUUUAAAGAAAUACACUUGUAAUUUUUUUUAAAUAAAGCCAGACUUUUUUUUAUUAAAGUUUGUGGUUUUAUUCUUAUUGCAGGGUUUUAUUUGCACAAGCAUUUAAAUGCCAUUUUGAUUAUAACAUUUAGUGUCAAUAUUCAAGCCUACAUUUUCUUCCCAUAAAACUAGUUUCCCCAGUUCAGACAAGUGGUUUUUCUUCUCCUGCCAGCUGGAUGAGAUGAAACCCUGAACUGUGCUGACACAACUCUCAUAUGAAAGAACCUUCCUGAUGUCACUUGUUUGUUACCUUUGUCCAGAAAAUGGAAGCACAAUCUUUAGCUGAGAACUGUUCAACCUAGUUCCUGUAGAAGCACCCUAAGAGGCCUUGAAACAAGGCCAGUUCAUGAAAACUAAGUCAAAAUUGGUUUCGUUUCUUCCUAUUCAGCUCUGUUUGCAAGUUUUCUGUCAAGUACUCAGGAGCUUUUUUGGACUUGAACAUCCCUUUGUCUGGCUUUUGGGAUGAUCCUUGCCAUUCAGUCUGCUCCUCUUGCAUCUUCCUUUCCCUCUCUUUCUACUACGUAGUGGAAGACAGACCAGUUGCAGCAGAGAUGAGGGUCCUGUCUCAGGGUUAGUUGUUUCCACAAAUAUGUAUAAAGUGCAGGAGACUGGAAAUGGCUCAGGACAAUGAACACUAACUCUAGAGAAGAGCCUGGACCACUUCUGAUGGGUCAUCUGUUAAUGGUUGUUAAAUAUUGCUCUGAAGAGUGUAGUAAAUGAAUGUAUUUUUUUUUCUAACUUGUAAUAAAGUGAAGAAUAAGCUUUA